CGUGGAGAACAAAGAAGCAGCGAUUUGCUAUUUAAAGCGGAGGAAGUUCCGAGUGGAGGACUUGAAGCGGGAGGCGCGCGUCCUGACGAGAUGCGGACGAGCGUGCACGCGUCCUUCGGCCGCUGCUUGCGCCGCUGCCUCCUCAUCCUCACGCUCGCCGUGCUCGGGCCCGAGUGCGCGCGCGCUGCCACCCUGCGCGACGCCGCCGCCGCCGCCGCCGCGGGCCACCACCGCAACAAAGUCACACCGGUGUCUGAAAAAUUCCCAGAGCUAAAGAAACAAGUCAAGCUUCCUCGCGCCCACGAUCUCCUCAAGGAUGUUGCACUGUCCAACAGCACCUGGAGGCCGGGGAGGCGCCCGCGCUGCGGAGUUCCUGACAUUCCCAGCAGCCAGCGGCGACGUCUUUUUCCGUCAGGACACCGGCGCAGACGCUUUGUCAUCUACGGGGGACGCCUGGACAAGAACGACCUCACCUACAGGAUCGUGCGCUUCCCAUGGCAGCUGGGCGAAGAGAAGGUGCGUCGCGUCUUUCGGGAAGCGCUGAAGAUUUGGAGCGACGUGACACCGCUGACCUUCACCGAGAUCCGCGCCGGCAAAGCUGACAUCCGCAUCGACUUUAACAGGUACUGGCACGGUGACAGCCUCCCGUUUGACGGCCCGGGCGGGAUCUUGGCUCACGCCUUCUUCCCCAAAACACAUCGCCAAGGAGACGUCCACUUUGACUAUGAUGAGGCCUGGACACUCGGGAACCAGAUGGGUCAGACCACCGCUACAUUAGCCAUGCUAGUCAUAGCUAAUGCUAAUUUACAUGUUACCUUAUCUAUGCUGGUAAACAUGCUAACAGGCACGGACCUCCUCCAGGUGGCGGCUCACGAGUUCGGCCACGUCCUGGGCCUGCUUCACUCAGAGGAACCCGGGGCCAUCAUGUCUGCCUACUACUCGUUCUCGUACCCGCUCAGGCUGACCCACGACGACCGGCGUGGCAUCCAGUUCCUGUACGGUGUGCAGCCCAGGGUGGUGCACACGCCACCACCCACUAUGCCGCCGCCCCCUCCUCCCCCGCCACCGCGUCCGUCCCAUCCCGAGACCAACGAGAUUCUCCCCCAUCCCAAUGUGUGCCAGACGGACUUCGACGCGGCAUCCAUGAUCCGCGGCGAGCUUUUCUUCUUCAAGUCGGGAUACGUGUGGCGCAUCCGCGACGGCCAUCUUGAGAGCGGCUAUCCCGCGUUGGCGUCACGCCACUGGCGAGGGAUCCCCAACAAUGUGGACGCUGCCUUUGAAGACAAGGCUGGGAACAUCUGGUUCUUUCAAGGUGACAGCUACUGGGUGUUCGAUGCCGAGAUGCAGGUACAAGGGCCCAAGUCCGUCCGGGCUCUGGGCCUGUCGGAGACGGGCAUCCGGGCUGCGCUGCGCUGGGGCCACGACCCGGACUUCGACACCUACUUGUUUGGCUCAGGCAGCUACUGGCGCUUUAGCCCGCGCCACAACCGUCUCGAGUCGCCUUACUCACGAGCCAUGAGCGACUGGGGUGGCAUCCCCGUGGAUGUGGACGCCACCUUCCGAGACGCUUACGGCUACGCCCAUUUUAUCCGCGGAUGGCAGUACUGGAAAUUCGACCCGGUGGGUAUGAACUCUUUGGAGGGCUACCCCCGCUACGUGGGCGUCGACUUCUUCGGCUGUCGUAACGUGUGACGGAGAUCGACCCGCCAUCACCCAAUCAGGGCGCCGCCCUUCGGGGACCAAUUUUUCAGGCGCCACCAAACCUCAGGCGCUCCCGGAGGGACGUCUAAAUGCUGUUUUUGGCGUCGCCUGCAGGCCAAACACAGUCAUUGCUGUCUCCUCAUGAAGUGCGCCGGUGCUGCGUUCAAGGGCCUCGCCGUGAUGCGUUCAGGGACUGGCGUGUUUGUCGGUGCGGGUCACUGACAAGCAGCUCGGUUGUCACGGUGACAUUUAGUUGUUAUUAAUUAACCAAUUAACAAUUAAUGGUACAAUUAGUGAUCAUUGUCAUGAUGAUAUUGCAUAUUUAUACACUAAAACAGUUUUUGUACAUAUUACUUUUUUACUAGUUUUUUUACUCAAUUGUAAACAUUCCUUUUCCAGGAAGUGUAACAGAUUUUUUUUUUUCAAAAUUAAACAACUUUUGAACAAACUGA